GCAUGCCCGCACAUGUAAUUGGUUGCCAUAUGUUGAUAAGGGUGCCCACAAAUGUUAGUUCUUGGAUCAAAUGACACAUCCUUCUCACCCCACAAACACAACCCAAAAUCAAGCAUUGCCACAUGCUUGCUUUUCUCUUAAAAUACUUAUUAGCAAAUUAAUGAGAGUACCAUGAGAAGACAUGAUUUUAAUUUAGUUCUUUGGAACAUCAAUGGCUCAACUAGAACGAAAUUCCGAGAGCUUCAAGCAUGCCAAGUCCCCGCAUUCAAUAGCGUUUGACCAGCUUAUCCAAGAAAGGGCUAAGAAGUUAAGGCACAGCCUCAGCGGCGGCAAGAAGAAGCACGAAAAUCAUGUCCCCGGUGAAACCAACUCCACGCGGCCGGCAUGGGGUGCAAACUUAGAAGAGAACGAAUACGAAAACGAAGACGAAUAUGAUGAAUAUGAUGAAGAAGAUGAUGAUGAUGAUGAUGAUGUGGUAGAGGAUGAAGAUCCCGAGUAUCUUGGAGCUCCUAUGUAUGAAUCGGAACUGGCGCCGGAAGACUACAAAGAGACGGCACGGCAACACCCCCGCGCCGAUCCUCUGUUUUCAGAGAAGAGCGUUUUCCCGCUCCAAGCAGCCACAAAACCCGGGAACGAAAAAGAGGCCGGAGAAGAAAGGUCCAAUGCGACAGAACCCCAGCCGUCGUCGUCUUCCAUCGACUCCAAGUUUUCCGGCCUGACGGUGGCGGCUACCGCCGCAAAGACAGAGGAGAAAGACAAAGAAGGCAUUAGCAGCCCGACAAGAUGGGACAAAGGGGUAUCUGUGAAGGAGUACUUGAUGAACAAGCUUGAGCCCGGGGAGGACGAAAGGGAGCUCUCCAAGGUCAUCUCUGAGGCCAUGAGUCCCAGAACCAGAGCUCCCGGAGACAGGGGAGUGGUCGAGAAAGUGAAGGACGCGGUUUCUUCCUUCCUCCGCCCCCAACCGCCGCCUAUAAACCAGUUUCUCUCCAGAGUCGCCGCCGCCACCAACCACACGGAGGUGUCGCCGUCGCAGGGCUCUGUUUCCGCCACCAACGGAAACUCCUCUCCCCUCAUUCCCGUCUCUACCAAUGCCCAUGAAGUGGUUGAAGAAGAGAGUGAGGGAAGGACACUUCAAACAAACUGAUCAAUCAAAGGCAGAGGAGUCUUUGGGCAAAGCUAUGGAUAAUGGAAUUCUUUCCUUUUUGUAUUCUACCCAUUCUCUAAAUAGGGCUCAUUGUAUUUUUAUUUUUUUUUCCUUUUGGUUAGUUUGGAUUCCCAAAAUUAACGGCUCUUUUUGGUUUUACCAUUUUGUUGGGGAGGGAUGAACUUAGAGCAUUAAAAAACAGGUUGGUAA